AUCCUCUCUCUCCCUUUUUGCUGCUCACCCAGCAACAGAUUAAAGCCUGACAGGAUAUUUCUAAGGGGUCAUUUGGAUGGAUCUUUUCCAAAAUGAGGCAAUUUGGUACAAAAGUCUCAUUUUGGAAAAUGAGUUAAUUGGGUGAGGAAAUUUACACAAAUUGUGCCGUUUGGAAUGGAUAGUGGGAUUGGAAAAUGUAGGUGAGUCAUUCUUGGCGAUUUACCAAUUUACCCUAUGAUGACUCGGUAUUUGCACAUGUUUUCCCCUUUGUUUCUUGAUUGUUUGAGCUUGAAUUAUUGCGUCUUUGGCCUAUUUUAUGCUAGGUUGUGUUCCUUUGUCCCAUUUCAGGUCCUAGCACAUAAAGUGAAGCAUAGGCGCAAGUUUCAAGUCAAUCAGAGAUCAAUUGACGAUUCGAGAGAAUAAACUCGGGCAUGACCUGAAGAAGAAUGGAUUUCUACCUCACUUUAUGGACAAAGAAUCAUGCAAGCUUGUUAGGAAACGAAAGAGGACGAGACUAUGAGCGUCUGGGAUCAAACGGCGACUGAUUCGGAGUCCGGACGAGGGAGAAACGAAGCAUUAAACAGAGGCUGAGCAAGCCACACGGGCAGAGCAGAAAAUCGGCACGACCAUGCAAGGUGAGCUGCACGGCCGUGCGGCCUGCCCGUGCAAGAAGCCUGGAAUUCAACUAAUUGAUGCGCUGCGUUUUGACUCGCACGGGCAACUAGGUGAGCCACACGGCCGCGCGGCCUGCCCGUGCGAGUCGGGAUUUUCUGCUUUUAAGCAGAUUUUCAGCCACAAGUCGAGGGGAUUCGAGUUUUAGAGAGAGAGAUCAGUUCCUAGAGAGAGAAAGCGACGAACAAGAGUCUCCAAGCGCCCUAGCUUGAUCUUCAACACCAUUGGAGGCCAGUUUGAGUUUGGAGAAGUGCCGAUCAACGUCCAGGAGCAGGAAUCCAUCCUCCACAGUAUGAAUUCCGCGUCUGAUUCUGCUUUUGCUUCUGUCUCCAUGGAGUAGUUCUCCCAUUCAUCUGGGUAUGGAGAACCCUAGAUUUGUAUGUUAGGCUUUGAUUGUAUGAACCCAAGUACUGAUUCUAUGAUUUGAUUAUAUUCGAUUGAGGUUUGAAUGAUUGAAUGACUUGAAUCCUGAUCAAAUUAUUGUUGUUUCUGCUUUAACCUAGAAUGAGAAUAUCUGCCUAGGUUGAUAGAGUAUCCUUGAUUGAAGGUAGGGAGUUGGUGACUUUAGUCGAGGAGCCAACUCACUAUUCUGUACCGGAUUUACUCCGGUAGUGGAGGUUUUGUUUGUUAAGGCCUCAAUCUGUUUACUCCGGUGGAGGUUAGUCGCCCGCUAGAGACUCAGAUUGAGAGGGUCUGAAGACCUUUAGUCGAGACUUCAGGCUGUUUAAGAACCUUCCGCAGUAUAACUAUCAUAGAAAAUGAACUUGGUAAUUACAAUCCGGCUUAACUGCAGUCUAGGGGGAACCAUAUCCGGGUGACCUCUCUUAACCUGAAUACAACAGUUUACUUGCUUUGUUUGUUUGAUAGUUUAGACUUGCAUUCCAGUUUCAUUGCUAGAUAACAAGAAUUCACUGAGUAGUCAUCAGAUCUAGGACCCGGGUUGAUAAUUAAACCCAAACCCGCUAUACUACGCUUUAGGAAGUGGUUUCACUUGGCCAAUUCCUGGAGUGACAGUAGAAGUGAGUCAAGUUUUUGGCGCCGUUGCCGAGGACGGCUAGGUUGUUGAAGAAAAGUGAUUUCUGUUAAUUUAGCUUUUCCUUUUGCUUUGUUUGCUUUGUCCCACUUGUGCCUUCACGGGUUUGCUUGCUUGAGUGUGUGCAGGUAGUGCAUGACCCGUAGCCAGUCGGGAGGUUUACUGCCGUUGAAUCCGGAGAUUGACCGCACCUGUCGCCAACUCAAGAGACAACAGCGAGCUAGACUGGCUACGGAAGAGCGCAUAGAAGGCCACCUGAGUAGCGAUUUUGAAGAAGAGUAUGGGAUGGACGGAGACUACAAUCAGCACCAGGGGAAUCCUCAGCAGGCUCCCCCGGUGAAUCAGGUCCUGGGGAACAACCCCAUACCCCAGGAUCAUGGAGUUCAUCAUCCACCGCAGCCGGGUCCCACCUUGGAGUACUACUACACUCCUCGGAUUGCUGACAUCCGCCCGGUCAUCCUCUACCCGCCUAUUCCAGCAAACAACUUCGAGAUCAAGCCAUGCUGGAUUCAGCUCAUUACAUCUUCUAUCCAGUUCCAUGGCUUGAAGGAUGAGGAGGCCAGGGUGCAUCUUUCCCGUUUUCUGCAGCUGACGAACGGGUUCAAGCUGAAUGGUGUCCCUGAUGAUGCAAUCCGCCUUCAUCUCUUCCCCCAUUCUCUGGCGGGGAAUGCUAAGAGGUGGUUGGAGACCCAGCCCCCAUUGUCCAUCACCUCUUGGGACGAUCUGGCUGACAAGUUCGUGCACAGGUACUAUCCGGCAUCGAAGACUACAGAGAUUCAGCGGGAGAUCACUCACUUCCACCAAGAGCCAGAUGAGUCACUUCGUGAUGCUUGGGAGCGGUACAUGGGACAUUUCUGGCAGUGUCCCCAUCAUGGCUUCAGCGAUGCAUUCACAGUGGGGAACUUCUACAGUGCUCUCUCUCCAGAUAGCCAGAGGGUGAUUGAGUCUCUAUGCCCAGGAGGGGAUAUUCUUAUUAAGACUCCACCCGAGCUGAACCAGAUGAUCAGUACGUUGGCUGCCAGAGAUCAUUCUUGGGGACAGGGUAGCCGAGGCAGACAGUCCCGGGACCGUGGUGUGCACGCCAUGGAGACCAGAUCCGGGCUCGAGCAGCAGGUAGCUGAGCUAGUGCAGACAUUGAAGCAGCCCAACAGUCUUAUUCCGGGCAGAGGUUUGGCUACACCUCCAGUUGCUCAAUGUCAGUGGUGUGAGAGCUCGAAUCACUUAGUGGAAGACUGCCAGGCUAUGAGGGAGUCUACUACUCCCCAAGAGCAGUUGGACUUCAUCGCCAAUGCUCGGCGCCUCGACCCGUACAGCAACACCUAUAAUGAGGGGUGGCGCCAGCAUCCCAACUUCUCUUGGGGCAGCAACACCACUAAGCCACCUGGUUUCCCAGCACCAGCUGGUGGCUUUCAGCAGAGACAGCCCUUCCAGGCUCGACAGGGGCCAGCCCCACAACAGCAGCCCUACCAGCCUAGGCAGGGGCAACCAUUCCAGCAGCCCCAGCGCCAGUUUGCCGAGCCAGCAGCAGCUCCGGCCCUAGAUUACCGGAUGACAAAGCUGGAAAAUAUUCUAGCUUCAUUCAUGACUAGCACUCAGGCUACUAUCACGUCACUGGAGGCAGGUCAGCGGAACCAGGGUGCCAUUUUGCAAGAUCUGCAGACCCAGGUGGGCAUCUUGGCCCGCCAAAACACUACCAGGGCACUGGGGACUCUGCCUGCCACCACUAUCCCGAAUCCUCGGGAUCCUCACCAGCUCCAGCAGCUGGAUGCCAUUUUUACCAGGAGCGGUAAGACCAUAUCUGCUGAUCCUGUCCCGGCCAGACAGGAGGAACCACUACCUACUUCAGCACUUCCAGCCGACGAUGCAGAAGUGCGGGCGGAGAAGGAAGCUCCUGCUCCCAAGCCACAACCAGUGGUUAAGGAGCAUGUACCCCAACUUCCCUUCCCCACUCGCCUACACAAGGACAAGCUGGAGACUGAGUUUGCCAAGUUUAUGGCAAUGUUGAAGCAGCUCAACAUCAGCAUACCGUUCGUGGAGGCACUGUCGAAGAUGCCCAAGUAUGCCAAGUUCAUGAAAGACCUCCUCACCGACAAGAAGAAACUUGGGGAUCUUUCGACAGUGAUGCUCAGUGAGGAGUGUUCUGCUAUCCUGCAGAACAAGCUGCCCGAGAAGCGAAAAGAUCCAGGGAGUUUUACUAUCCCUCUUACUAUUGGCAGCAUGCAUGUAGGCAAGUCCUUGGCGGACCUAGGCGCUAGCAUAAAUGUCAUGCCAUAUAAGUUGUAUAAAAAGCUAGACCUAGGUGAACUUAGCCCUACUAGGAUGAGCAUUCAGCUGGCUGAUCGUUCCAUUGUGCAUCCUAGGGGAAUCAUAGAGGAUCUGCUUGUCAGUGUCGGUACAUUCACAUAUCCUGUUGAUUUUGUUAUUCUUGAUAUACAUGAGGAUGUGGAUGUGCCUUUGAUUCUGGGUAGACCUUUUCUUGCCACCGCCAAGGCACUUAUUGAUGUGCAUUAUGGUAAACUGAUCCUGCGUGCUGGGAAUGAACCGGCUACCUUUUCUGUGACUGAAUUUGAUCACUGUGCUAUGAUUGCUGUCACCCCUGUGCAUGCUAUGUCUGAUCAGGUACACGAGCCUGUCGUGUAUCCUUCUGCACCUCCUAUUUUGCAGGACCCUCCUAUCAUUCCUUCGCCGCCACUCCAUCCGGCCUCGUCUCCGAACAAAAAGGUCAAGGAGGAGUGGCGGCCGAAGCAGCAGGUUGCUAAGCCUGCACGGAAGAAGAGUGGAGACCACUAUGAGCUGGUCCCAACUCCUGCACCACGACCACCCUGGCCGUCCGGGUACUCACUCGCUUGCAUCUUGCCAGAUGGAUAGGUCGAGCUGACCGAUGAUGGUGGUCGCAUCCGUCGGGUUCAUAGCCACAACCUGAAGCUGUACCUCAAGAGCGACGUAGAUCCGCUCUUGGAGGCACCUGUUCCUGCACCUCCCUGAGUAUCCACCAUGGGCGUCCAGCUAAAAGACGGUAAAGAAGCGCUUGUGGGGAGGCAACCCCACCAAGGUUUGACUUUCUUUCUUGUGUUUUGAGUCGGAUUGUAAACCGGUUUGGUUUUGGUUUGUUUUCUUUUGUUUUGGAUGAUGUCUUAUUGGGCUGACAUUGGACCUAACAUUUUGGGUUUGAGCUCUUCUGUUCCCCUUUAGCUGUGCUUGGCUUGACUGGUCCGCUUCCAGUCCCUUGCAGUCCGUGCAUACCGGUAACAUCGUUCCCCUUUCCUUUCCCUCUUCUCCAUUGAGGGCAAUGUCGAUCUUAAGUGUGGGGGGGGGGGGGGGUGUUUAUCUUUUGACUGCGUUAGAUCUGUUUGUGUGCUUGGAGCCUAGUCCACUGUCCAAAUUUUUAAAUUUGAGGGCUCCAAGUACGUGUUCCUUGCAAUUGCCUGCUCAGUAUGCUUUGAAUUGACAGUCUUUAUAGUAAUAUGCAACCUAGGGAGGUAGUGUAGCACUAUGGAGGAUGUUGAUGCAUUUAAGAAGUCUCAUUUCUUCUUCAUAUUGUGUUGGUUGAUUGAGUGAAUUAGUGAUCUUAGGACCCUUGAAUUGUGUGGUGUUGUGGACUCUCUACCUGUCAUGGACUCUUGUUUCAUGUUUUGAGUUUAACAGGUGCUCGAAAAUGUGCUUCAAAAUAACGUCUCCCGUGCGAAUAGGGCGAAAGUGUGUAAGGGGAGACGGGAAUUCGUUCCCAAUUUCCACCUACUACCUCCAGCCCCCUUACAUGUCUUUCCCCCGCACGAGGCUCGAGACAUCCGCUCCUGGCAUGGCCAGUAAGAGCAAGUUGGGACCCUUGAAAAAAAAAGAAAAGAAAAUAACAGAAAACAAGCAAAACAGAAAAGAAAAGGGGUUCCAACCAUCUUCAAGAAGAAAAUAGAGCACCUUGAAAAAUGUGAGUCCAUGAUCUUUUGUUUUUGAGAAUCUCUUCACCCACAAUUCAUUUGUCCUCUGUUCACUAUUUGCCAUGAUGCCGACUGGAUACUAGUGCUCUCGCCGAAGAAGCUAUGAGAUGACUUGUGUGUCGGUUGACCUCGUAAGUUGCUAAAUGAUCUAAGAAGUCCUCUACCUACGAUCUGGGGUGUUUGUUGCUAUAGAGGUCUGAAGAGUUGCAUUGGUUUGAGUUAGGUUUGCUUGGGGACAAGCAAACAGUUAAGUGUGGGGGGAUUUGAUGACUCGGUAUUUGCACAUGUUUUCCCCUUUGUUUCUUGAUUGUUUGAGCUUGAAUUAUUGCGUCUUUGGCCUAUUUUAUGCUAGGUUGUGUUCCUUUGUCCCAUUUCAGGUCCUAGCACAUAAAGUGAAGCAUAGGCGCAAGUUUCAAGUCAAUCAGAGAUCAAUUGACGAUUCGAGAGAAGAAACUCAGGCAUGACCUGAAGAAGAAUGGAUUUAUACCUCACUUUAUGGACAAAGAAUCAUGCAAAUUGUUAUGAAACGAAAUAGGACGAGACUACGAGCGUCUGGGAUCAAACGGCGACUGAUUCGGAGUCCGGACGAGGGAGAAACGAAGCAUUAAACAGAGGCUGAGCAAGCCACACGGGUAGAGCAGAAAAUCUGCACGGCCGUGCAAGGUGAGCUGCACGGCCGUUUGGCCUGCCCGUGCAAGAAGCCUGGAAUUCAACUAAUUGAUGCGCUGCGUUUUGACUCGCACGGGCAACUGGGUGAGCCACACGGCCGUGCGGCCUGCCCGUGCGAGUCGGGAUUUUCUGAUUUUAAACAGAUUUUCAGCCACAAGUCGAGGGGAUUCGAGUUUUAGAGAGAGAGAUCAGUUCCUAGAGAGAGAAAGCGACGAACAAGAGUCUCCAAGCGCCCUAGCUUGAUCUUCAACACCAUUGGAGGCCAGUUUGAGCUUGGAGAAGUGCCGAUCAACGUCCAGGAGCAGGAAUCCAUCCUUCACAGUAUGAAUUCCGCGUCUGAUUCUGCUUUUGCUUCUGUCUCCAUGGAGUAGUUCUCCCAUUCAUCUGGGUAUGGAGAACCCUAGAUUUGCAUGUUAGGCUUUGAUUGUAUGAACCCAAGUACUGAUUCUAUGAUUUGAUUAUAUUCGAUUGAGGUUUGAAUGAUUGAAUGACUUGAAUCCUGAUCAAGUUCCUGUUGUUUCUGCUUUAACCUAGAAUGAGAAUAUAUGCCUAGGUCGAUAGAGUAUCCUUGAUUGAAGGUAGGGAGUUGGUGACUUUAGUCGAGGAGCCAACUCACUAUUCUGUACCGGAUUUACUCUGGUAGUGGAGGUUUUGUUUGUUAAGGCCUCAAUCUGUUUACUCCGGUGGAGGUUAGUCGCCCGCUAGAGACUCAGAUUGAGAGGGUCUGAAGACCUUUAGUCGAGACUUCAGGCUGUUUAAGAACCUUCUGCAGUAUAACUAUCAUAGAAACUGAACUUGGUAAUUACAAUCCGGCUUAACUGCAGUCUAGGGGGAACCAUAUCCGGGUGACCUCUCUUAACCUGAAUACAACAGUUUACUUGCU